AUGACCAAUCUACCGAAAAGCCGCGACGGCUAUCAAUGGACCCAAGCCACCGGCCUAGUCCAAGGCGUUCCAACCCUAGGUCUAAUCCAACCAUCCACCCACUUCACAAAGAACAAACGGUACGAUGUAAUCGUGAUAGGAGGUGGCUACGCUGGCCUAACAACAUGCCGGGACCUCGCUCUCGCCGGCAACAACGUGCUCCUCAUCGAAGCCCGAGACCGCAUUGGCGGGCGUUCAUGGUCUUCCAAUAUUGAUGGAUACCCCUACGAUAUGGGUGGUACCUGGGUGCAUUGGCAUCAACCAUUUGUGUGGCGCGAGUUGCGUCGCUACGGGAUGAUGGAUCAAUUGGAGGUGUCGCCAAGGAAGAAUGUUGAAGGAGGGGCGAAGGUUACCGUUAACUUGGACGGGGAGGUGAAACAUAUAUCGCAUGAUGAGGAGGAUGCAACCGUCGAGUCCGCAUUCAAGAAAUUCAUCAACGUGGACGGCGACUUCGGCCGCAGCGUCAUUCCCUACCCGCACGAUAUCGAACUCAACAUGGCCGGCGUAGAGAAAUACGACCACAUGUCCAUGGCCGACCGCAUGGCACAAGUUGCGCUGCACCUAACGCCGUUAGAAAAGAACAUGUUCGAAGGCUUUCUGGCCAUCACACACGGCGCAAAAUGGGAAGAAGCGUCCUUUUUCGAGCUCCUCCGGUGGUGGGCCUUGAUGAACUACAAUUACCCCGAUUUCAUGGCCAUCGGACUCACGUACAAGCUGCGCGAUGGCCAGUCUGCACUGGCGCGACGCAUCUUCGACGAAGCUGUUGCCACGGGCAGAUUGGACUAUACUUUCUCCACGCCAGUCAUGAACGUGGUUGACCACGGCAACGGGGUAGAAGUCACCGCUCGAAAUGGGGUGGAGGUCUUCAAGGCAAGACGCAUAGUGUGCACAGUACCGCUGAAUGUCCUGCAUACACUAGCUUUUACACCGGCGCUGCCGGCUCUCAAGACGGAGGCUUCCCUGGCCGGCCACGUCAAUAAAGUCGUCAAGUGUCAUGCCGAGGUUGCGAAUCCCGAGAUGCGCUCGCUCGGGGCAACGAAUUACCCUAAUGGUAGACUCACCUAUACGUUCGGUGAUGGGACCACGCCUGCGGGAAAUACGCAUCUCGUGGCAUUUGGCGGUUCCUUGCCGGGUGUCCAUUUGGAUCCUGAGCAGGAUAUUCAAGUCACUAAGAAAGCAUUCGAGGCUUUCCACCCUGAUAUGAAUGUGCGACGGUUGGUGUUCCAUAAUUGGCAUAAAGAUGAGUUUGCCCGCGGUGCGUGGGAGUGGUUGCGGCCCGGUAUGACGACAAAGUAUCUACAAGCGUUGCGAGAACGGCAUGGGAAUGUGUUCUUUGCUAGCUCGGAUUCGUCGUUCGGGUGGAGGGGUUUCAUUGAUGGGGCGAUUGAUGAUGGUGGGAGAGUGGCGAAGAUUGUUCAUGAUGAGUUGAGGGUUGUGAGACCAGUGGCUUCGAAACUGUGA